UUUAGUGGCAAGGGUUAUCGAGUAGGGUAGAGUGGGGUUAACUGAACAGGUAGGUUAACUGAACACAUCGAUGUUCCUGCCAUCUAGUAAUGAUAAAUUAAACUUGAUUUUGCCUGAAAGCGUCUUUUGUUACGUGUAUUGACACUGUUCGGUGCAGAUUUCUUUUAAGUCGGUUCUAAUCUCGUAAAUCAGCAAACAUAUUUUUAAUGGCCGCCACGUAAAAUUUGUGCUCCCAAGUUUUUUUGUGUUACAGUUAGCAAAAUAGAGUUUUAAAAUUGGUUUGACGUAUAUUUUGUUCCAAAUAUGCCAAGGAAAAGACUACGUACUACCAAUAACAGAUCAUAUAGUGUAGCAGAUCUUAGACAAGCAUGUGAAGAAGUCCUGACACAUGGUCGAACAACUCGAAGUGUUGCACUUCAGUUUAAAAUCCCAAGAAUUACUUUAAAAAGGUAUGUCGAUAAAUGUCGGGAAAAAAACAACUUGGAUAUAAAUUUUUGCCCCAACAACGAACAUCUCUUGGCUUUUAGUCCCGUUGAAGAAUUACUUCUUAAAAAAUACUUAGAGCAUGCAUCAAACAUUCACUAUGGCUUGUCUUCUAAACAAGCUCGUAUUCUAGCUUACGAGUUUGCGGUGGUCAAUGGCAAAACCAUAAAAGAAAGUUGGUCCCGAGAAGCAAUGGCAGGCAAAGAGUGAAUGUUUAGAUUUAUGAACAGGCACAACUUUUCGUUGAGGACGCCAGAACAAACAAGCUUAAGUAGGGCAACCAGUUUUAAUAAGACAAAUGUGGAGGCAUUUUUAAAAAAUUUUAGAGAGAUUAAAGAGAGAUAUAAUUUGCAAUCUAAUGAUAUAUACAAUCUAGAUGAAUCCGGUGUAACCACGGUCCAUAAACCUCCUGAGGUUCUUGCAAUUAAAGAAACAAGAAAUGUAGGCCAGAUGACGUCGGCUGAAAGAGGGACGCUCGUAACCGUUGUAGGAAUUAUUGGAGCUACAGCUGGCUCUAAGGGUGGAGCUUCGCCUUCUGGAUGGAUGAACAGUCAGUUGUUUCUUCCUGUGUUGCAGCAUUUCGUACAAAACGAGAGACCACCUAAAGAACAUCCCAAACUAAUAAUCCUUGAUAAUCAUGAGAGUCACUUAGAUAUUGCAGCACUAAAUUUUGCUAAGCAAAACGGUAUACUCCUUUUGACAUUGCCACCCCAUUGCAGCCACACGCUGCAACCAUUGGAUUUAGCAGUAUUUGGGCCAUUUAAAAAAUAUUAUGGUGCAAGUUGUGACAGAUGGAUGGUAAAUCAUGCCGGAAAACCUAUCACUAUUUAUGACAUCGGAAGUCUGGUUGGAGAGGCUUUUUUGCAAGCGUUUACUCCAACAAAUAUAUGUAGUGGAUUUCGUGCAGCAGGAAUAGAGCCGUUUAAUGACCAAAUAUUUUCGGAUGAAGAAUUUCUUUCGUCAUAUGUUACAGAUAGACCAGGGAAAACAUCAGAGGAAGAGGCACCACAAGCUGGGUCGUCACAAGAUAAUACAUCACUGCCUAAACCGAUUCAACAUGGCAUGACAGAUCCUGUUCUGUCACAAUUUCAGCUCUCAAAAUAUCAAGAAUCUCAAGCCGGACCAUCACAAGCUGAAUCGUCGAGCACUGCUAAACUACAAACUGAAAAAUCACAAACCAAACCGACUUUAUCUUCAAUUGAGAUAAAAAAGCCGACAUUACAAAUCAUAACUCCUGAACAGAUCCGUCCUCACCCCAAAGCUGGUGAACGAAAAUCUACAAUUCGACGAAAGAAAGGAAAAUCCCUGAUUUUGAUAGACACUCCUGUCAAAGAGAACUCUAUGUACUCUAUGGAAGAAGCAAGACUUCGAGAAGAAAAAGCACACAAAAAACAGAACAACUAACAAGCAAAAAGAGGCAGUAAAAAGACGUAUUCUAGAAGACAGCUCUUCUGAUGAUGAAAGUGUUAUCUAUGAAGAAAGCUCGGAUUCUUUAGAAGAAUUUGAUGCAUAUGGCGAUAGUCCACAAGCUGUGACAAAAGGCGAUUUUGUAAUCGUGAAAGUGUAUGGGCAAAAUAAAUUAAAUUUCAGACAUUAUGUUGGUGAAAUUAUUCAUGCUGUAAAUGAUGGUUUUGAGGUUACUUUUUUAAAACGCCACAAAGAAACAAACUAUUUUUUUAAAAAUAAUGAAAAUGGCUUUGUUGUAAAAGCUGAUAUUGUUUGUAAGUUACCCAUGCCAGCCAAAAGUAACAGCGCUAGAUAUGCC